GUAAGACCGACUUUGCUGACACACGCGUCGGUGAUGAAGUUACCGGUGGCUCGAAUGCCGAGGAGGGCCCGAAACUUAGUUGUAGAUGCACCAAGGGUGGCAGCGAUGAAUUUGAGGUGGAAACGAGAUGAGUUGGYGGUGGAGAUGAUGGUGUUGAGGCGGCGUUGUUCGUUGCGUAAGCGGACAAGCCGAUCGUGUCGGGCUUGUUCCUCAGCAACAGCGGAGAAGGUGAUAAUGGAUGGAUUUGUAAGAAGGGUAGAGGAGCAUGAGGCAGUGGGAGGUGUUUGCAACGCCUGGGAGUCGUCCGGUGGAGGGGGCGUCGCCGGAGAGGGGGAAGGCAAACGAAUUGUCGAUGCCAGAUGGGCGAUCGAUGGGACGGAGGACGUCACCGAUGGGUGGGCCGACAUACGAGAUGUCAAUGUCGGGUCAGUGUCCUGGGGACUGUGCGGUGUGCUGGAUGCGCCGGAUGAGGGAGGAGGCGGAGGGAACAAAAGGAUGGUGGAGGUUGAAGGGUUGGUGGAUGUGGUGGUAGAGGUGGUAGGAGUGGAGGAGGUCAGCGGGGGGGUGUUGCUGGAGGCGGCUGUGGAGGAGGGAGUGGUUUGCGUUGUGGUGACGAUCGUGAUGGAGGGGAUGGUCCCUUCGAUUGUGGCGACGCGGUCGCAUAUGGACGACAUGUUGGCCUUUAUGUCGUCGAGAGAGGCGGUGACGGAGGUUCGGAGGGUGUUGAGUGCAUGGAGGAUGGCGGAGAGGUCGGGGGUGGUGGUGUUUGCUGGUGGUUGUUUGCCUGCGAGGUUGCGGGCGAUGCUAUCGACUGAGUCGGUGCGGAUGUCAGACAUGUUGAUGGAGGAUGCGGCCAUGUCGGGGGAAGAGGGGGUGGAGGACAUGGCCUGAACGUGUGUGGAGAAUGCAGCAGCGGCGGUGGCGGCAGCAGCAGUGGCGGCGUCGGCGGCACGUUGGGAGUUCUUGGUUUGGCGUGGUGGCAUGUGGAGAUGGGGGGAGACAAUCCCUUAUAAAUUCAAAAAUAAAUGUAUAAAUAAAGAUAAUUGCCAAGA